UGUAUGUGGUUGCGGUGGUAGCGUUUCACACCCAGAGAGGCGUUCCAGUUUUUGACAAACUAAAGGAUUCGCAGAUCUCACAGCGCGUGGACGGGCCUGCCACACGACGUCCAGAACCACAGCUGGCUCGCACACAUGGUGUAGAACGCAGCUACUCUUCGAGGCACGAAGCAGCAGCAGCAGCUGUCAUGUGAAUCAGCUGGACGAACAAGGAAGGAUUAAACAAUACACGACUUCGUCUUUCCAAAUCAAGCUGCAGAGGUGGCAGGAUGGCGGGAGCAGAGGUAUACCCCCCUGCAAAUCCCACCUGCAAGAUUAUGACCUUCAGGCCUACAAUGGAAGAGUUCAAAGACUUCAACCAGUACCUGGUUUAUAUGGAGUCCCAGGGUGCACACCGCGCAGGUCUAGCUAAGGUCAUUCCUCCUAAAGGCUGGAAGCCCCGUCGUACCUACGAUGAUAUCGAUGAUUUGAUGAUCGAUGCUCCCAUUCAGCAGAUGGUUGCCGGCCAGUCGGGGCUCUUCACUCAGUACAACAUCCAGAAGAAACCUCUCAGUGUGCAGGAGUUCAGGCGAUUAGCUAACAGUGACAUGUACUGUACACCUCGUUACCUGAAUUACGAAGAUCUUGAGAGAAAAUACUGGAAGAACCUGACUUUUGUCUCGCCCAUCUACGGUGCGGAUGUCAGUGGCAGUCUCUAUGAUGAGGACAUAGAAGAGUGGAAUAUCGGCCACCUGAACUCCAUCCUGGAUGUUAUUGAGGAGGAUUGUGGCGUUUCCAUACAGGGAGUCAACACUCCUUAUCUGUACUUUGGGAUGUGGAAGACCACCUUCUCCUGGCACACCGAGGAUAUGGACCUCUAUAGCAUCAACUACCUUCACUUUGGAGAGCCCAAAUCCUGGUACGCCAUCCCCCCCGAGCACGGGAAAAGACUGGAGCGUCUGGCUACAGGGUUUUUCCCCAACAGCUUCAAGGGAUGUGAGGCUUUCCUUCGUCACAAAAUGACUCUAAUUUCCCCGUUCAUACUAAAGAAGUAUGGAAUUCCCUUCGAUAAGAUUACUCAGGAAGCUGGAGAGUUUAUGAUCACCUUCCCAUAUGGUUACCACGCUGGUUUCAAUCACGGCUUCAACUGUGCCGAGUCCACCAACUUUGCCACAGUGCGCUGGAUAGACUAUGGAAAGGCGGCCACACAGUGCACUUGCAGCAAAGACAUGGUGAAGAUCUCCAUGGAGCCUUUUGUGAAGCAAUUUCAGCCGGAUCGCUAUGCUAACUGGAUGCUGGGCAAAGGCUCGACCCUUAUUGACCACACUGUUCCCACUCCCAGCACAACACCAGAGCUGCAGAGUUGGCUGCAGAGGCGCCGCAAAACCAAGUCAACUAACGAAGGCAGUAGUCACUCUCGUAUGCGCUCUAAGCGCCUCAGGACCACAGAGGAGCCAGUGGACCUAGAUGGUGGCGUGGCAUUGAACUGCAGUAAGAAGAAAGGGCUGGGUGGCCCUUCUAGGUCCAAGGUGAGAAGGUACGCAGCGGGAAUGACGAGCAAAGAUGCGGAGAAGGGGAAGAAGAAGGAAACGGAGUCCAUGCAAAGCCGGAAUCCAAAUUUAUCACAACUUUCUGGGUCUUGCAGACAGAUGUGUGUGGUGAAGGUUAAUCGCGUGGAGAGUAAAGGUUUGGAAUCUGGUAAUGAUGCGUCCCGCACCUCCAGCUCCACCACCUCACCGGUACAAACUGAGCUAAAGUCAGCUGCUGCGGACUCUCAGGACCCUUCUGGGCCCGGGGUCACAGAGGCGAGUCCUGAAGGAUUUACACGAAGUCCUGAGGCUACUCGGAUGCACCCGGGAGUUAAUGAGUCAAGGUGCUGCUCUUCCAUGCCUCAAGACCUCACCUCCAACACAAACAGCUCCCCUGAGGCAGAAAUGGACUCGUGUCCCCCUGAAACGAGAGCUAACGCAACAAGUUCCUCAUCUGAAAACCUACGUUUGAAAGCAGAGAGCAGUAAGCACACGGGUACUGAGAACCACACGAACAGCGCUGGUAAACCAGAGAAGACGGUUGUUGAUCCUACAUGUAUUAAUCCACACUACACCACAGAAGCACUUUAUGAUGUAAGGAGUGAACCAGCAGAGGGCGAUAGUCACACAUUAAAUGGCUCCUUCCAUUCCUCACAACACAGAAGCAGUGUGGUAACAGGCAGCAGUGAAGAAGGUCUUUUGCCUCCACUUUUGCAGAAGACUACUGUUGAUAUGCCACAGCUCACACUAGAGCCAGAGGAUAGGGUCGGGAUUUGUCCUCUACCCCCAGUUCUGACGCAAGAGAUGCCCUCCCUCACCCAUGCAAAUGAUGCCUUUACUGAUUUCCCAAAGUCAACAUCAUGCAGCCACCAAAUUGCACCUGUGCUUCAGAGGGAGACGCCAACCGGGUCUCCAUCCUCUCGUGGAGACGAAGAGGAAGAUGCAAUGUGCUCAACUGAUCCCCGUGCAGUAGAACAUGCUGACGACUGGCGUAAAGAUUCUCCAGUGAAUCCUGAAGAGGCAGCAAUGUCUGGUUUUAAAGGAAACACUGCAAAUUUAGCUCCUGGUGGUUUUCACAAAAUAACCCCUCUUCAUGGCCAUGAGAUGCUUGAAAUGUCCUCAGUUGUUCCAGAAAAGCAUCAAACAAAGCAGGAAAUGAUUACUUCUGGACUGAGUGAUGCUGCCGUCAGCCAGACGGUUGCAACAACGUCUCCUCAGUCCAACAUGUCAGAUAAGCAUCAAGAUGACUCCAAAGACACAGCUCCUAGAGACGAUAUGAGUAGUCUGGGCUGCCCAUUGGCGUCCUACAAUACAAACAAUUGUCUCCUUAACUCUGACCCUUUUCGGUGCACUCAAAAUGACAAUCACCCAGUAUUGCAAGUCAACCACCACACGACACUCUCUUCUUCUUCCCAUUGUUCUUACCAAAAUGCAUACAUAGAGCCCAAACCAUUCUCCAGUAGCAUCUGGAAGAACUUCAGUUCCCAGGGUCCUGCAGUCCUCAUCCAGAGUCUGCACCCAGACCUCUCCCAUGAUUUCUCCCAUGACCCUCUGCCCUACACCAUGUGGACUGAACCUCAGUGCAAACAGGUCACAGACCUGGAAGACCCAGCAAAAGACCUUCAAAGGUCAGAGAAUCAGGAAGACAUAGGUGGGGCCCCCACCUGGGCCCAACUGGAGCCCACCUCUCUACUUUCAGUCUGUGCUAUUGAGCCUCUGGGACUUUGUGAAGAUUACGACUUGCAACGAGACGAAGUGGAUGGGGCUGAGUCUUUAUUGCUCAGCAGGCAAAGGGAAGUGGAGGAAAUGUUGCCUGUUAGGACAGGAGGGGGGGGACAUGAUGGAGAGUCGGAUAUGGAAGAAGGGGAAUCCGAUAGUGAACAGGCAGAGCUACAAAGCAAGGGGCAGAGCAGCAGCGAGUCGUCGUCAUCGGAGGAGGACGAGGAUGAAUUAGACUCAAAUAAGUACGAGUGCGAAGAUCCCGGCCUUGAACCAGGAGAGGUUUGUGCUUACCCGACCCUGUCAGCGAAGAGGACUUCUAAAAGCUGGCGUCAUCCACUCAGGAAACCCACUGCAAGAGCUGUGCCCACUGCUGUCAAGCAACAGGCCACCAGUGAUGAGGAGCCCCCUGAAGCGAGCCUGGCCGAGGAGGAGGAGGAGGGGGAGCGGGAGGUGGAGGCGUGGGCGAAGCCCCUCAUCUACCUUUGGCAGAGCAGGAAGAGCUGCUUCACAGCAGAGAGGGAGUACAAUGCUCAGGCUGCCACCAUGCAGCCAUACUGUGCUGUGUGCACGCUUUUCAUGCCGUAUUAUCAGGCUGAUGACAGGGCUGAGGACACUAAAGCCGUCACAGCGAAGGACACCUCCAAAUCUUCUCCUCUGGUGGCAGGCUUCACACCUCCCUGUGGAGGGCUGAGGAGGACAAAGCCCCUGAUCCCAGAGAUCUGCUUCUCUUUCCGAGAGCAGAACUGCCCUCCGACUCCUACGAACCCGCUGCUGCAGGAAGAUGGCACAUCUCCUCUCCUCUACUGCCAGGGCUGCUGCCUGCAGGUCCACGCAAGUUGCUACGGUGUUGCUGCAGAUGACAUCAGCGAGCAGUGGUCAUGUGAUCGCUGUUUGGAGGGAAGCUUUACAGCAGAAUGCUGUCUCUGUAACCUCAGAGGUGGAGCUUUGAAGAAAACCCAAAACAACAAAUGGGCCCACGUGAUGUGUGCAGUAGCACUGCCAGAGGCCAGGUUUAGCGACGAAGCCAAGAGGACUCCCAUUGACACCAGCAGGAUCCCCAUGCAGAGAUACAAACUGAAGUGCAUCUAUUGUCGUAACCGCAGCUCUGUGAAGCGGCAGGCAGGUGCUUGUAUCCAGUGCUCAUGCGGCCGGUGUCCCACCUCCUUUCACGUGACCUGUGCCCAUGCCGCCGGUGUUGUCAUGGAGCCGGACGAUUGGCCCUAUGUUGUGUCAGUCACCUGUCAUAGACACCAAUCACGGAGUUCGUCAGCUAGUCAGAGAGCAUGCCAAACGUCCAUCUCCCUGGGUCAGACGGUGAUCUGCAAACACAAGAACCUGCGCUACUACAGCUCCAAAGUCACCCAGAUCACCUCCCAGACGUUCUACGAGGUCAUGUUUGAUGACGGCUCUUUCUCUAAUGAUACCUACCCCGAGGAUAUCGUGAGCAGAGAUUGUGUGAACCUGGGUUCUCCAGACGUUGGGGAAGCUGUUCAAGUAAAAUGGCCUGAUGGGCUGUUCUAUGGUGCUAAAUACCUGGGGUUCAACGUGUCUUACAUGUACCAGGUGGAGUUUGAAGACGGUUCUCAGGUGCUGGCAAAAAGGGAAGACGUCUACACUUUAGAUGAAGAUCUCCCUAAAAAGGUGAAGCGUAGACUUUCAACAGCAUCAAGUAUGCGUUUUCAGGAUGCUUUCUUCACCACACAGGGGGAGAGGAAAAGACAGAGGACUCCAAAUUCACGCUUUCAGAAUGACUAUGUGGCCCUGCCAGGCCUCCGUACAACUGCCAAAGGCACAUGGGAGGAGCACAGCCACAAGGAGAAAUGAAAACUUGGAGGAAACUCAAAGACUAAUGAAUGCACUGAAAUAACGGGGGAUGUUGAGGAGAGUUUUGUUGUGCUUGUAAGUUUUUUGGAUCUGCUUCCAUUUCAAUGGGCCACACAGCUUUCCUGUGCAAAGAUCAGAAGAAGUGAUGAAAGGUUUUGAAAGGGAGCAAGUGGUUUUGGUUUGGGUGAGUGGUUGGCAUGACGGGCCGGAGAGGAAUUCUGAUCGCACCCCUUUGGAGUGGGUGAAAAGUGGGCAUGCUGCCCCACAUCCAUCAGGGAAAAUGAACAGGACAGAAUAGUCACGUAACCUUUUUUCAGAUGACUAAUUCUUUCUUUGUACAUGAAGGAUUUAAAAGUGACAUUUUUCUAAAUAGCUCAUUUAUGGUAGAAUAUUUUGGGAAAUUCUUUCGUUUCUGUUACUGAUUUUGAUUAUUUCUUUUUUUUUUUUUUGCUUGUAUUAUUUUCCUGUUUUUAUGUUUUCAUUGCAUGUUAAACACUGUCUCCUAACUGCUUCCGCUGGGAUAAGUCCAAUGACACUACAGUGGCUUCCUUUCUGCAUUUUAGCAGAUUUUAAUUGCUAAAGUUGGACAUUUAUGGAUUAUAUAAUUUGACACUGAAACCAGUAAAGAAGUAAUGGGUUUAAUCCUUUGCAUAAACAUUCAGACAGGAAGCCAUAACCUUGGAUUGGAUUUUGUGCUCUAUUAACGUGAAAUGCUACUGUCGCUCUAUUGAUUGAAACCAUGUUGAAAUAAUUUAAAAUUUGUAUUUAUUUUUGCUUUGCUGAAGUUGAAAACUAUUGCUAACUGCUGUAUGAAAAAAUAUAAAAUUACAAGUUUAUUUUUUUUUCAUUGAAUUGUCAUUUAACUCAAAUUCAAUCAGUAAAAAAUAAAUCGGUAAUUUUAAGAACCAUAAA